AUGGCUCGAACUCGCAGAGCAGCUCAAAAGGCGAUCAAUGAGGAAGCACCUGAAGCAAAAAUGGACAUCGAAGUGAUGGAGCAAGAGCCGGCAAACGACCCGCCGAAGAGAUCCCCUCGCAAGCGCCGAGAAAUAAAGAAAGUUUACAAGGAUGUUGAGAAAGUUGCUUCUCCACCAAAAAAAGCCGUUCGUGGCCGCGCUCGGAAGGGAUCAAAGCCCGGAGCGAAAGCGGAGAUGGAGGAAAAGGAAGUCGUUGCGCCAAAAAGAAAGCUAAAAGAUGUGGAUGUCAAGCGUGAUCGGUUUAUUGUUGACCAUGAUGUUGGCUUCUCUCCUGUCCAGGCUGACGAACCUGAAAUCCUGCAUGCUGGAAACAGCGAACGAGAAAGUGACUACCUCUCGGCUGAUGAAAAUUUAGUUGACUCAAGGCCUAGCAGUCGAACAUCACAUGCAACUUUCACGAUUGAAGCAAAUAUUGCCGAAAAAGCCGAAGAAAAAGCCAUUAAAAGAAAAGGAUUGCCAGCACGUGGACACAAGGAAGAAGAAACUGUUGUACCAGCUCCAUCACUUGCUGAAUCGGACGAGUCGCGUGCCACUUUUGUUAUGGAAGCAAAUAGGGACAAGGAAAACUUUAACGAGAAGAAGGCCAAGCUGACCAAAAAGAAAGCCGGACCAAUGCCACCUGGGGAACGCUUUCGUAAUGCUCACGCAAAAUUGACGGCAGCCGGUGAAUUUAUUGGAGACCGUCUCGAUCGCAUUGCAAAGCACCGCGAAGUUUACGUAAACGAUUCUAGAGGAGUAUUCGAACGUUUGGCUACACCGAAAGCAGUUGUGAAGCGUGUAGGACGACGAGCGGCCAAUGAUGCACCUGGAUAUGACUUUGGUGACGGGAAACAACGGCCAUCGUUGGACUUCGGAUCCCAAGGAACUGUUUUCUCGGCUGGAACAAGGGAUCAGUCAACAACAGCUACAAGGCCUGCAACACCUCGACCAAUUAAGCGGAAUGUCGAUGUGAAAAAGCUCACGAAACAGUCGAGGAUUCCAUUGGCAGUCCGUAGAGAAACAAAAGCAAUCGAGCAAGCGGAGGUACGCGAUGAAAUUCAUUUCAUCAAUCGCAAGAUCAUGACUCCAGUGUUAACCGUGCCCACCACGAACCAAACGAUCAGUCGCUUGGCCACUCCUAAGUCGGAACUUCAAAGAGGUGAAGCAACUAGACGAGCCAAAGAAGGACGUGUGUUUGCGAAGUUGCGUCAAGUGCAUCCGCUUAUUGAUACGACGAACCUCAGCGAUAAGCUCUACCGCCAAGCCGUCGAACUAGGACUUAUCAGCAAAGUCAAUGGACAAAUGGCCUUCCACGACGAAAUUUAUCACGAGCUGUUGGAGAACGCGUCCGGCAAACGCGAAACUCUUUUACUGAACGAUAUCUACGCAAAAAUUCAGAAGAAA